AUGGCGCAUGUCUCAGAUUCUGAGCACCACAAGCGGAAACGACAUGACGACGAAAAUGGCAGUAAAGGCCACUCGGAUCGCAUUCCGCAGCCCCCUCCACCUCAAUCAGGCAAUCAAACACCGAUAAAUUAUCUUACGAAAAACAACGCCGGAAAGCUGAAGCUGAUUCAUGGUGACACGGAAACAUUCUCCGACGUCAUCACGCUUAUCAACGAAUAUGAAGGUGUCCUAAGUCGUCAUGAGAGUUUCGCCUCGAAUUUGGGUGCAAAGCUCAUGGGCCCCCGCUUGCUCAAGGCAGUGGAGGGAAUAUUUGAGUGGCCCAUCAUCACGAACCCUGCUCAAAAUGCAAUGACCUUGGAUCCAAUAACAUGGCUUGACAUUGUUGAGUUUUCCAAGGCGCGGCCUAGCGAAUUUGUCCCAACGACGACAUCAAGUGGUAAUCGAUGUUGCCAAUUCUUUCUCAAAGGUGUCCAAGUUGAAAUAUCAGAGGACGACUGGCGGGUCAUCGUUUCUGGGACACUAGACAGGAACAGAUUGAUCCCGCCACAACCGCUCGAAGAGGACGAAACAGCAGAGCUUGCUACAUUAGAGAUAUUAGAGCAACGUCUCAAAGUCUUGAUCAAGAAAGCAGAUGAAGUCGCGGGUAAAGCCCGACAGUUGAACUAUCACUUGAGCGGUCGCAGAGCAAUCAUCAAUAGCCGACGCCCCUCACCGCAUAACACAGCAUCGGCAUCUGGCUUUCAGCCGGUAAACCAACCUGGACCAUCUUCUGGGCCAAAUCACCACGGCUAUGAUCUUCAUGCAGAUCUUCUCCAGCAAUUCCUUACUAAUAGCCCAGCCAAUCGCUUGCCCUCUCUUGGUCCUACGCCUCCCACGCCAGGCACCGUUCAUACCGCUGCGUCGACCCCGAGGACUUCUAUCCAGCAGCAGGUGCUGACAUCAAUGAGCAACCGGCCGUCUCCUGGUGUUUAUCCAAUCGAGUCGGGCCCUCGAGAACCAGAAGAUGAGCAUCGCUCUUUGGUUACCGCUAAAGUAGAGAAGCUUGCUCGGGGUGAUGAGAUACAGCCACCCUGCGAUCGAUGCAGAAGACUGAAGACGGCAUGCAUAAAACACCUCACAGCAUGUCAGGGCUGCACUAAGAAACACGCAAGAUGUGCAUGGAAAGGUCUCACUGAGGAUGAAGUUGCAUGGCUCAGACGGGAAAGCAGCGGGGAUGGCGAUGAUGCAGCCGAGGACAGACAACGAGAACGCGGAUUUAGCAGCCAAUCUGCAAUGAGCUCUCAGCAAGAUCCGAAUGAACCCCGACGAAAUUCGGACCGAAGUGACGAGACUGGUCCAAGCAGAUCAACCGCUUCACGUAUAGCAAUUGGCAGAAGCGCCGACGAUAUCUGGAGGAUGGGCACAAGCUCCAACGGUCGCCGUGAAUCGAUGGACAUCGAUGUAGACCCCCGAGAUACGCACAGCUUGCGUCCUAUACACAGCGACCACGCAAAUCAGCAAGAAACCCGACUACGGGAUCCAGUGAUGUUGAGCCGUAUGGUAAAUGCAGCUACCGAUAUUGCCAGUAUACCCCCUAGGAGCGGCCCAAGUGGUCCUUAG